AUGGGGAUUAUUUCAUCCGCGGAUCCGAAAACGGAAUCUUCCGAUUCCGAUUCCCUAUCUCGAAACAACGAAGCCCCAUCAGAGAAACUUGGAGAUUCGUCCCCGUCGGAGGAGCUGGGAGAUUCUAACCCUUCGGAGAAACUGGGAGAUUCGUCAACCGUGUAUCGAGAUCCAGUAGAGUCCGGCUCCCCAAAUGAAGAAGAUUCGGAUCAGCCAAAGGAAGGAGACGCGGACGGAGAAGAGGAAGGAGAGUGCGGGUUUUGCCUGUUCAUGAAAGGAGGCGGUUGCAAGGAGUCAUUCACGGCCUGGGAAGUCUGCGUGGAGGAAGCUGAGAAGAACAAGGAAGACAUCGUCACUAAGUGUAUGGAAGUCACUACGUCGCUGAAGAAGUGUAUGGAUGCUCACUCCGAUUACUACCAGCCGAUUCUCGCGGCGGAGAAAGCUGCUGAAGAACAGGUGAGGAAGGAGAUCGAAGCCGAGAAGAAGGUCGCUGAAGAGGAGGAGAUCUCGGAAGAGGAAGUAGCUGCGAGGAAACAAGCUCAGGGAUGA